UCUACAUCCAUUUAUUACAUUUCUAACGUAGACCUCGUUAAUUUAACCAACUAUUCGUUCGUCGUUUGUUCGUAAAUACGUCACGUUGCAAACCUCAAAAUGUACCUGUUAAAAGAUUUCGUUGAACCGUGUAUUCCACAAUGUGCGAUGAAAGUUUGCAUACUAAGAAACGCGAACCACCGAAAGCCGACGAAUUGCCCGUGGAUUCGACGUGUAUCAUAAAAAAGAGUUUGUUUCGAUAUCUGAAAGGACGUCCGCGCGAAGAAUAUGUUCCCUCGUGGCCCGAUCCUUAUCAAUCGGAGUAUCCAAAAGCUCACUCUUAUUACGCGUUCCACGAGGAUACGAACCCAUUUAAUAGAUUCACCGAAGAACAAGAGUUCUGCAGGAACGUUCAACCACACUUUGAACCUCCCAAAGAAAUUUAUUUUCGUGAUCCUUAUUUCGAAAACGACGCAAAACGAAAGUAUCUCAGAAGUACGCCAACGUCUUUCGUAAUUCUUGGGAAGCCCGAUCUAAACACUACGAAACUAGCAACGAUGAUCGCGGAUUCGUGGAACUGUAUUUUGAUUUCACCGAUAUUGCUCGUGAAGGAGGAGAUCGAAAAAGGUACCGAGAGAGGGCAAGUUUUGGCAGAUGUGUUGAAGACGGGAGAACGUCUGGGUCCACAGAUCAUUCUCAGUUUAAUAGCUAACAGGCUCGAUAAAAGAGACGUGUUUCACAGAGGUUACGUCGUGGAAGGUUUACCGCUAAUUCCAAACGAAAUAAUAGACUAUUCCUCUUAUUCGAGUUCCUCGACCGAACGAUCUAACGCACAAAAUAUUUUUCAGAAACUUAUAGAAAUCUUCGGCACCGCGUUCCAAAAGGUAUGCGGCUCGACAACUGAAUUAGAUGAAUUUCCAAUUUUUUCCGACGAUGAAUUCCAGAGUAAACGGUGCCAAGCUAAACCCAAGUACGAGGAUUUCAUUAUCGGUCAAAUAGAAGAUAUUUUUACGACGUGGCCUAUAAAGCCGUCGAUAAUCAUCUACGCGAUGUGCCCGGACAAAGACGUCGUGAUAAAGCGCGAUUACUUUCGCAUAGACACAACUACGGGUCGCGUCGUAGACACGAGUCUCGUAAGAAUGAGCAAAAGCAUUGAAACUUUAUUCUCCCGCAAUAGGGAAGAAAAGAACGUGAACAUUUCUUUCGAAUUGUACAGGGAACUCAUGAACGAAGAACGAAUAUUGGACGAACACCAAAGAAAGUAUUUACUGAAGCGAGUUUCCGAUACGGAAUCGAACGUAGAGAUGCAGUGCAAGUUGUACGAGCGUUUCGCACUACCUGUUAUCGAAAAACGGAUUUUAUUGCAUAAUCCCCAAAACGUAAUUCGCGUCGACGGUCGUACAUCCGCGUCGCAAAUGCUUCAAAUCGUCGCCGCCCGUUUACGUACGUUGCCACUUCAACGAGUUAUCCUUCCACGAAGAUACGCGAAUCGUAUAGAAUUCGGAGGCGAAUCCCCAGAGGGUGAACCCUCGGACGAGUUCGAAGGCAAAUCGAACGAAGAUGCGUUCCAAGAUUUGGCGAACAGGGAAACCGUUUCUCCUCUCUAUCCUUGGCAGUUGUCGCCUUGGAAGUUCUUGUGUCCAGUCGAAUUAACCAAAGGAACGACCGUAGAGGGAUCACCACAGCACGCUGUUAGAUUCAUGAACAACGUCUUUUUCCUCUCGUCCUCGACGGCGGUCGAUUUAUUCAUCGACAACCCUAGAACUUUCCUGUAUCCCUUUAUUCCUCGGCCAACUUGUAGAAUCGCGGUGUUUGGUCCCAGGUACUCCGGAAAAUCUUUUCUGUGUCGUCAACUGGCGCACAUACUUCGAGGCACGGUAAUAAACGUGAACGACAUCGAAAAAUCUCUCGCGAACGUUGAUUCCAAUAUCUCUAUUUAUUCGUCCGAUCACGUAACGUUGGAAGAAAAGAUCGAUAGCAUCUUGAAAAGUAUACGGAGUGUGCCGCAGGAAGAGGUAGACAUAGAAAUAUGGAGAGACGGAGGUUACGUCGUGGAUGGCAUGUACCCUAACGUCGACGGCUGGAAAAAGCUCGUGGAGGAUUCGAACGUCGUCUUCGAAGACGUUGUUCUUUUAUUCGACGAGGAACCGUACGAGUAUUUAUUGGCCAAAUGGCACAGCAUUCACGAUGUUGGAGAGUCCAUGGAAUUGCACGAAGGAUACAUGGAAGAUACUGUCAGCGAAGAGGAGGAAUCGCAUGGUUUGGCUGAGUAUCUUAGGCAUAUUCGAGAAUUUGAGGAAAAUUGGGAAGAAGUACGGGAAACGGUGGAGAAUACUUGUAAAAAUUUGAUAACUUGUAAUCUGAGGACGAUCGAUAACGUGUCAGAUUACGUUAUGGAACGUAUUAAAGACCGCUAUACGAAUAAAGCGAGGAUCAUGACCGAGGAGGAAAAGGAAAGAGAAAAGGAUCUUGCGGAGUACUUUGCCUUGACCGAUACAGAGGGUCUCGACGAAGAAGGAGAGCAAGAAGGCGAGAGACAUACGACGGAAUCAGAGGUUAAAGAGGAUACUCGACGUUACGGUGAUACCGGUUUCUAUUGUCCAAUUGCAAUGCUACGACACAAUGUCUUUUGGAGGGGUAAGGAAGAGUUCAGUGCAAUUUUUCUGAAUAAAAUAUAUCUUCUUUCCAGCGCCGAGGCUCUCGAAGAAUUUUUACGCGAUCCACGGAAAUUGAACCUUCCGUUAAGAAAACCCUUGACUAAAUUUCCACCGUCUCGCGUUAGCAUCAUCGGUCCAUUAGGAAGCGGUAAAAGUACAUUGGCUGAUAGCAUAGCGCGGAAAUAUGGUUUGGUGCACAUCGAUCACUGCGACGCUUUUACCAGGUACAUGGAAGAUCGUGGAAUGCCAGCAAUAUCCGACAGAGACAUUAUCAUUUCACCGGAGAGUCUUCUGGAGGAAGUAGAAUUACCCGAAGAUCUGACCGACGAGAGAUACAACAGCGACGGAGCCACGGUGCAAACGUUCGUUCGACGCUACUGGAAAACAGGCGGUAUUCUGUCGAGAAAAAUGUUUCACGAAUGCGUGUCGGCGUUUUUCGAGGGACUGUACAACGAAUGCGGUGUGGUACUCGAUCACUUUCCAAGCUGUCCGCAAAACGUGGAGGAUGCGUUAAAAUAUUACACGGUUCCCGAAAUAGUCAUAGAUCUUCGUUGCAGCAAAGAGACGGUGCUCGAAAGAACGCUACCGACGUUGCUCACGUCCUGGAAGGAUAAGCUGGAAAAGAAGAAACGUAUCGAGAAGGCACGAUACACGGAAGAACUAGAAGCGUACAUAGAACAACGAGACAACUGGAUCGAUGCAAUGCUGGGUCAACGGUCCAGCGAAUCUAGCUUGGAAACUGUAUCCGCAACCGUAUCCCCGAAAGUAUCGGAGGAUUAUUUUGAAUCGGAAGAAACACCGAGCAGACAAGAACUGGAAGAAAUGUGGCGUCUAAGUCAUCCCGAGCCCGUACUUUUCACAGACUGGGAAGAAUUCGACACGGUGAAGCACAGAAUCAAACGGGACUUCGAAGAAAUGUACGAAAUCGAAUUGGACAUAUUAAACGCUACCCGAAUCUUAUUGGAAAACGAAUCGAUACCGUACAUGGCCGUGAAUGCGGACGGAAACGCGGAACAAGUUUUGUCGCGAGUCGUGCAAAUUCUCGAUCCUUACUUUCGACGAGAUCUUUCCUUCUUAGAACAAACGUACUCUAUCGAUCUCGAGACCGCCGAAACUCUUCUAGCUUGCGGUUACUAUCUUUCGAGCUCCUUCGGUCGCUGGUGUCCCGUGCAAUUACGCGAAAAUAAGAUCCCUCUGCAAAUGUUUCUACCGCUGGAAGCUCAGCAAGAGGUUCAUCCCGUAAUACACCGACAGUUCGUUUAUUUUCUCGGCGGUAAAGAAGCUAAUUCCGCGUUUUCGAGGAACCUGUUCAAGUACCUCGAACAAGACUCUUGCGUACCCGUUGUUCCGUUUCGACUGUCCAUCAUCGGCCCGCCAAAGUGUGGAAAAACUACUCUGGCGCGUCGCUUUGCAAACAAGUACGGCUUAAAAAUAAUAACACGUGGCAGCGCUCUGCGUCAUGCCGCAGAAUAUUUCCACUGGACCGAAUCGUCGCGACUCAUGGAAUCCCAGCUUCGACUUGGUCACCUUUGUCCAGAAGAAUCGGUAUCUCGAUCCGUCGAAAUGUACUCCAUCGAUCCUGCUUCCAUGUCCCAGGGUUUCGUGCUCGACGGCUUCCCCACGAAUCGCAAGGAAUACGAGCAGUUAACGUUUCUGGGUGUUCAACCAAUGAUCGUGCUCGAUCUUAAAACGAAUCUAUCAUUUUGUUUGGAGCAUUUAUCUCGCGAAACGGAUCGAACGACGAGACCGAUGAAUUUCUCGAGCAGCUUCUUGCAACACCGUUACGCGAAUUGGGAGAUCGAUCAGGGAAACUUUCGCGAAUGGUUGAACAAAUUCGCUCAAAACGUGAUCGAAAUUGAUGCAACUAAGAACACGUGGUACGUGUGGACACGAUCGGAUCGAGAAGUCUGCGCCAGUUAUAUGCACGUCAGAACGUACUUUCGCGAAAGCGAUUACGACAAAGUCCAUGCUUUGAAAUUUAUGAGCAUUUCACCGUACGAGUUCAAAAUACGGCAAAGCGAAUACGAGUCGUAUUGCCCCAUUUGCUUGUAUCGCGACAACUUGAUGAAAACUACGGGACAUCCGCCUGAUCAUCACGGAAUGUAUCAGUAUAGACAACAUUUUUAUUGGAUCUGUCCACGACACGCGCUCGACUUCGUUGAAAAUCCGCUCGACCAUCUUCCCCCUGCAAAUACCGCUCGCCUACCGGAACACCGUCCCCGUAUUUUGACAGAGAUAGUUGACCCUGAGCAUGCCUGCUGGGCGAGGCGUUUGCGAGUCGGAGGAUUUUGCUUGGUGACGUACGUCGAAAAUUUACCAGAACGUCGACUCGUACCUGGAAAGACGAACCUCGGCGUUUUGUAUCGAGACAACGUGUACCUAUUCUGUACCGAAGAAUGUCGCAACAAAUUUCUGGAGCAAGCGGAUAAGUUCGCGAGCAUGGAUAUCAAAUUUUUGCACACGUUGCAACCUAUCGAUAUAAAGGGAUUACCGACUUUUGGCUUCCUGGAGCAAUCGGUAGCGGCAUUGAUAGUUCAAGCCGUAAACCAAGUCAGCGUAAAACGACCUAAAAUACCGGGAUUAUCGUGUUCCGCCAGUGCAGCGAUUUAUAUCGGUGUCUUCUUAAAAACUCGUAACCCGACUGAAUCGAAGGAAUUGGAAGUCUACAAGUCGGUCGAAAGAAGAAUGGAGGGUUACGAUAGUAUUAUCAAGAUAGCUACGGAAACGAUGAAGGAGAUACUAAAUCCUUUUAUAAAUUUACCCAACUUUAUAAACCAGGAUAACGAACGAGCUCGGUGCAGCGAGCAAAGGACGAUAUUGACACACGUGUUCCCACGUUCUUCGAAUUCAAUUAUGUUCCGUCGGACAUCUCCGACGCAGAUGUUAAUGGAGCCAACUUACGACUCGGACGAAUGAACGUGGAGUUUGCGAUUUAUAAUAAACGAUUUACAAACGACUGAACGUGUAACUGUUUCUUGUCAUACAACGUGUGUUUUUACUCUUGGUCUAACUACUCUUUGUU